AUGAUCGUGACCCGAAGCAUCAGUGGAUGGGGACAGCUUCGUCACUUCGCAAGAGCAAGACAGGUCGUGCAGAGGCCUUCUCCAGCGGCGGAUCUCGAAGGCGUCACUGGUGCAUGUAAGCAACAAGGAAGCAGCGGUGAACCAGUGGAAGCCCCAACGAUCCCACCUUCGAAGCUCCACGAGAGUCGAGCGUGCGACCGGCGUCCGACACAGGCGGAAGGAGUGCAUUGGUUCACUCGGUUGCUGUCGCAAGUUGCGCCAGAGUUUGAAGUAUACGAACUACCGAAGCAGUCGCGGUUUCCCGUCUUGAUUCGGCGCCGCGCAGCCGAAAAUACUUCAGCUCUCGAAGGUGUCUGGAGUCUAAUUCAGAUCCGAGCUACGGUUUCGUCUCGACGAUUUGACGCGGCGAGCGGCGAUAAAUCAGUAUUUUCUCGCACUGCGUGGCAUUACGUCAGGAACGAGAGCUCUACUGUGAAUCCGAAGGUGCCGUGCGUGGUGUUCUCGCCUUUCGCCAACGCGUGCUUCGUUUCUGAAGCACCGAAUAAUCGCCCUUGGCUACGCGCCAGGCCAGGUGGAAAAAAUGAAAUCGAUCUCACCACGAACGCAAAUGAACUAGGGAGUUGGCUACGCCGCGUUUUUCCGGUGACGCCGACUUCUAGCAUUUCGGGGACCCUCGUAGAGCUUCUGAGACUCACUGCAACGACGCCGGCCAUACGCAAGCAACGAAUGUUUGUUACACAGCUGCUUCGGAUACCGAUAUUUCAGUCGAUCGUGUUUCGUUCGCGAGGGAUUGGUGGUUCAACCGGGUAUAACGCUCUUUUGGACGAACGUCGCCUGCUCGUGCGUGCUCCCGAGCGGAUUUCCUCGUUAUCGGACACCAGGUUGCGCAUGCGGUUUUCCCUAGUUCCUAAGGGCAGCCAUCCUGUGGCAGUCAGCGGGGCGGAGCUUGACUAUUAUCUAGCAAUGACGAUGGCGCGCAAUGGAGAAGAAGAAACCCUCGCGGGAAUCGGCAUAAUACCACGCGCUGCGGUCACUCGUGGGCGCCUCUAUCGCAGGGACCCCACAGGAAAACUUGGCACCUACAUGAAAGUGCAACCCAUUCUAUCACUUGAUGAUGCGAAUAAUGUAGGAGGGGACUUCACUGGCCUUCAAGAAUUUUUCUUCUUUUUCGAUGGAAUGACCCAAGAAACCAUCAACGAGAAAUGCAGUGCAUUCGCAAAUGAUAUAUUCAAUAGAUGGGAUCCUAUUUCAGAAGAGCAUGAUGGUUGAUCUAGCGAUAACAGAAAAGCACUGCUGUAAUAACAACCGAGUUUGGAGUGGAUCGCCAUA